GUCGUCACUAGUUACCACAGCCACACAGUCACAAACCCCGCCUGUUUCUAAAAUAUAUCUUCUUAAAAUGUGAUUAUAAACCUAGCCGUAACCACAUGCCUAAACCUAACCAUAAAUUAAGCCGUAAAAACACAUUUUUGUUUUUAUAAAAUUUUACGACAUAGCCAAUUUUUACUUUGUGGCUGUGGUAACUAGCGGAAAACACUAGAAAAAACUGAACAAGAUAACAGUGCAACGUUAUGAGAGGUGAGGGCUGGAAUAUGUGAACAUUGUACAGAGCUGGUGAUCUUUUGAUAUAUAACCCACCAUUGAAGAUGCCUGCGGUGUCCAGUGGGGUGAAGGACUUGUACCUCUCUACUAACCUGGGGGACCUCAACAAGAAAGCUGAAGUCAAGCCUGACAAAAUCAACACCAAGAGCUAUGUCCAGAGUGCCUGCAAGAUCUUCAAGGCUGCGGAGGAGUGUCGUCUGGAUGGAGACGAGGAGAAGGCCUAUGUUCUCUACAUGAAAUACCUAACGGUUUAUGAUCUCAUCAAGAAGAGGCCCGACUUCAAGCAGCAACAGGAGUUUUUCCUGUCCCUGCUGGGGCCCACCAGCUUUAAAAAAGCCAUAGAGAAAGCCGAGAAGCUCUCUGAAAGCCUUAAACUCAGGUACGAGGAAGUCGAGGUUCGAAAAAAACUUGAGGAGAAAGAGAGACAAGAGGAGAAGAAAAGGAGGGAGGAUAAGGUGGAGAAAGAUGGAGGGAGGGCAUCUCCAAAAGGAGGGAAAGAGAUCAAGAAGGUAAAAGAGCAGAAGGAGUUGAAAAAUGGACCUUCAAAAGCUGCGGUGCCAGCAGGAGGGAUCACAGCAGAGGGGUUGUUCAAGAUGAUGAAGGACCAGGCCAUUACGGUCAUUGUGAUGGACGCCCGCUGCCUCCGAGACUUCCAGGACUCACAGAUCCAGGUCCCCACCCAGACUGUCAUCAGUGUCCCAGAGGAGGCUAUUAAUCCUGGCAUCACAGUGAACCAGAUAGAGGCCAAUCUGCCUGCUGCAUCCAGAGAGACGUGGAAGAGACGGGGGUUCGUAGAUUACAUCAUCCUACUGGACUGGUUCAGCUCUGUUACUGACCUCAAACUGGGAACCACCUUACAAAGCCUCAAAGAUGCUCUCUACAAGUGGGACAGUACCACUAUCCUGCGUAGUGAGCCCAUGGUCCUGGAGGGAGGCUAUGAGAGCUGGCUCCUCUUCUACCCCAUGUACACAUCCAACGCCAAAGUCAGACCGCCCCGAACACACAACUACAGCACCCUCCCACAGCUGAACUUCAGCUACCCGUCACUGGAGGAGCCCAAACCUCCAACCCCCCGAGCCGGAGUGAACGGUGCCCCCCUGGAGGAUCUGACCCCCUCCACAUGGACGGAGGCAGACGCCACAGACUCACCCCACACAGGGCCCACUCAGCCUGGAGUAGACCAGAGCAAGAAGGACCCUGGAGCCGGUCCAGGGACACCCAGCCAGCCUGGAGGGACAGGCAAGCACACCCCACAGAUUGACCGUACCAAGAAGCCAUCAGUCAGAGUCUCAGACGGGUCUAAACCCCCCCUGGAUGCCCUCCCCAGGGACCUGCCCCCCUCCUCCCAGAAUGGCCCGUCUGUACCCCAACCCAACCGCUCGGUCAAACCAGCCUUUGACCCGUCGGUCCCGCUGACGGACGAGGAACGCAGUCAGAUCCACACGGAGACGGCUGCUCUGAUGGAGAAGGCCCGGAGAGAGCAGGAACAACGCAAACAGGAACGCCGCACCGAGGAGGAGUGGAGAGAGCGGGAACGCCGGGAGAACCAGGAGAAGGAAAAUGAGGAGCUGGAGAAGAAGAGGAGGAAGGAGGAAGAGAACAGGACUCAGGAGAGGAAGAGGUUGGAGAGACAGAAGGCAGAGGAGGAGAAGGAGAACGGGGUUCGGGAGGAGCGAGAGAAGAGGGGGAAGGAGCAAAGGGAGGAUACGCCGACGAACGGUGCUUCUCUGGACUCGCCAGCUCCCAGCCGUAUCGUCACUGACAUUAAGGCUCCCUCCCCCCUGAAGCUUAGUGGUGAUGUAAAGAGGAGCCGUCAGCCUGGGAUGUUAAAGCAUAGAACAGUUGAUGACUAUGUCAUACCCAAGCGGGAGCUACUAACCAGAGCCAGGAGUGAGGAGAUGGGGAGGAGUGUACCAGGCCUGCCUGUUGGCUGGAUGAAGUUCUUGGACACGGUAACCGGUACCUACCGUUACUACCAUUCCCCAACCAACCGGGUGCACCGCUACCCCCCUGAGGUCAGCGUGCCCCAGACGCCCCCCUCCACCCCUCCUCCGGCCAAACAGAAGCAGCCCCGCCCCGCUGAGCCAGACCAGACCAUGGACCGCGACCAGGAGCAGUCCAAACUGAAACGUUCCUACUCUUCUCCAGACAUCAGCCAGGACCUGAGGGAGGAGGGGCUAAAGAAGAUUACCGCCCCUAUAACUGCAGCCACGCGCCCAACCUUUAACAGGGAGACCAAACCAUCCACUGCUACCGUCUACACCAAGGUGGAGAUCGCCCGUCCGUCUGCGGCUAAGAUCCGAAACCUGAACCCUGUGUUCGGCGGUCUGGGCGCCUCGCUCACCGGCCUGCGUAACCUAGGUAACACCUGCUACAUGAACUCCAUCCUGCAGUGUCUCUGCAACACACCGGCCAUGGUUGACUACUUCAACAAGAACCUCUAUCAGGAGGAUAUCAACAGGGCUAAUGUCCUGGGUCACCGAGGCGAGGUAGCAGAGGAGUUUGGUGUGAUCAUGAAGGCUCUGUGGUCAGGCCUGUAUAAGUGUAUCAGCCCCCGCGACUUUAAGUUCACAAUAGGGAAGAUCAAUGAAUCCUUCUCUGGCCACGAACAGCAGGACUCCCAGGAGCUGCUGCUCUUCCUUAUGGACGGACUCCACGAGGACCUCAACAAGGUUGCUAACCGUAAGUGCUACACGGAGGAGGAGAAUGACGAUCUGGACGACCAGCGGGCCGCUGACCAGGCCUGGAGCAAACACAAGCUGCUCAACGAAUCUAUCAUCGUAGCGCUGUUCCAGGGACAGUUUAAGAGCACAGUUCAGUGUCUCACCUGCCACAGGAAGUCCCGCACCUUCGAGACCUUUAUGUACCUGACCCUGCCGCUGGCCUCCACCAACAAGUGUUCCCUGCAGGACUGUCUGAAGCUGUUUUCUAAGGAGGAGAAGCUGACCGACCAGAACAAGGUGUUCUGUCGACACUGUAAAGCUCUCAGGGACUCCAUCAAGAAACUGGAGAUCUGGAAGGUCCCGCCCAUCAUACUGGUUCACCUUAAACGGUUCUCGUACGAGGGCCGUUGGAAGCAGAAGCUGCAGACGACAGUAGACUUCCCUCUGGAGAAUCUAGACCUCAGUCAGUAUGUCAUCGGACCCAGAGCCAGCCUCAAGAGAUACAACCUGUUUGGAGUGUCUAACCAUUAUGGCGGUCUGGAUGGGGGUCACUACACAGCCUACUGUAAGAACGCCAUGAAACAGCGCUGGUACAAGUUUGACGACCACGAGGUCUCUGAAAUCUCCACCUCCACCGUCAAGUCCUCCGCAGCGUACAUCUUCUUCUUCUCCUCCCUGUGAGGGCAGAGCUGCAACACUGCUAGGAGCUAUGAGGCUACAUAAAGGCUAGCUAACAUGCAGGCUGCUUUGACUCAGCUUCCUCUGCUGGUGGGAGAAAGGAACUGAACUGGUGAUGUUUUUGUUAACUGAACUGAACUGCCAGGGGCCAUACUUGUGAACUUUUGCUUAGACCAUGGUUUAAACCAUUAGUCUAAAAUGGCUAGCUGCUAGCUUUUUCUCUCAGGCCAACCUGGCCAAAUUAGCCACGAUGCUAAUUAGCCACGAUGCUUAGGCCAGCUAAGCAGAUGAUUAUAUCCGAUAACAAAUCAACCUAUCAGAUAACUUAGAGCCACCAUCCAAUCACAUUUGUUCAUUAGGUAAAUUUGCUUCCAACUGAUUGGUUUAAUUUGUUACCCAUGGUCUAAGUGGAGUUUCCCCAAUAUGAUGCAUGAUGCUUCCUUGACUAGGCAAGUGACAUCAUCAAAAAUGACGGUUUUCGCAUAUAUGAUGAAGUUCCAUGUUUUUGCUUAUCCAUUCAACACACAUCCAUGUACUUUUCAAUUAAAAAAGUAGGAGGAUUA